GUAGACAGGGCUAUUUAUUAUGCGAGUGUAUCCGUGUAGACAUAGCAUUAGAAGGUGUCAUUGAGGCUCUUUGUUUAUUUUCUUAGCGGCAUAUUUCGGAACGUAGAUCAGUACGAGAUUGAAAAUUAAACUAACGCGAGUUUUAUGUUAAAAUGUUACCCUCAAAACGCGACAGAAAAACUGGCUAUAUUUACCGGCUACGUAAAAAGUUGGAAAGUCAGAUUGAUAAAGAAUGCAAUGCCGAACUAGCAAACAUCUCCAAUAAUCUCGCUUCCGAUUCCGAAGAUGAACAAGAUAGCUACGUAUCUACCACCACCAUACCAGUCUGUACCAGUUUAAAGAUGACCUGCUCCGACAGCGAAGAUUCGCUAGAGGUUUCUGCAAAUGGUAGUUCCAUAUCCAUGGCAAGUCGCAUCCAGAAUCAUAGUGACAUCGCCGAAAAAUCAAAAAGCAAUGAAACGUUAUCAAGGGAACCUACAAUCACAAAAGUCCUGAAUGUUUUGACGUUGGUAUCAAAACGAGUUAAGAAAAUGCACGGAGCCACCGAUUAUAUCUUUACGGAGGUAGGGACUAUUUCGAACCGAUUGUUGCAGAUCGAAGAAAAAGUGGAUGCGUCUAUAACAUCCCUAGACAAAAUGAAGAAUGUAUUGACAAAAAGUUUCGUUUCUUUGGGAAAUCAAGAAAGGCCUGAAUCCCUGGAGUUCGAUUUCGAUUUUAAAAAAGUGUCAAACGAAGAAGAGUUUCUAGAGUUCGAUUACAAGCUCGGCAACGAUAAAGAAUAUUAUUCAAAAGUUAGAAAGUGGCUUACAAUGCAAUUCAAGAAAAACAACCCAGAUAACCGGAUGCAUAUAGCGAUGGAUUUGGUUUUCGAACGAACAUUUAUGCCUUUAUGCUGUUGGACUGGUCGCGGUAGAGGAGAAUCGAAAAUAGCAUUUAAAACGCGAACGAACAUAUUGAAAUUGUUUGCUGAUAUCGGUAGUAACAAGUUUACUACCGUGAAUGGAUUAUUAGUACAAAAAUUUUUCAAGAAAAAAUUUCCUCAUGCUAAAUCUAGGCUCAACCUAACUGGUACUAGAACUACGUUAUGCCGUAAGCGAAGAGUUAUUUAGAUUGAGGCUCUUUUUGCUUUUGGGGUUUUUGUCAACAAUAAACUGAUUUAAAUAUAUCCACAA